CUCGGUGGGUUGGAGAAGUCUGUUUUGUAUUUGCUCCCACAAUGCAUUGUGCGCUCCGCGGGAAACCAAAAUGGCGAAGGUGUGUAACCGGAGCGGGCCGUUAGCUGGGCUUGUGUAGAGCGGAACCGCCGGCCGGAAUCAUCUCCCCUCCAGCCCCGCCGACGACCGGCUGACUGAGCAGCUGAAGGCGCUGACUCGUGUUUUCGCUGUGGGGGGCGCUCUGCACCACUGAAGUGACCGAAUGAGAGACGUAACUGCUGCAGGCAAGUCACUGGUCCUUAAAAGAUCCCCUUUCCGGCAUAAUAAGAAGGCCUCGGAGUCUUUAACAAAAUCAUCUAUUCGGCAUGGACAGAAACCCAAGAGACAAGUUUGUAAAUUUGAAGAAGGUCAAGAUGUCUUAGCAAGAUGGUCAGAUGGAUUGUUUUAUCUUGGAACUAUCAAAAAGAUAGAUAACGUUCAGCAGAGCUGCUUUAUAUUAUUUGAAGACAGCUCUAAAUCGUGGGUACUCUGGAAGGACAUACAAACAGGAGCCUCUGAAGGUGGUGAAAUGGUUUGUUCAAUAUGUCAGGAGGAGUAUUCUGAAGCACCAAAUGAAAUAGUUAUUUGUGACAAGUGUGGCCAAGGAUAUCACCAACUGUGCCACCCCCCUAAGAUCGACUCCACCGUGAUUGAUAGUGAUGAGAAAUGGUUAUGCCGGCAGUGUGUAUUUGCCACUACUACAAAGAGGGGAGGAGCAUUGAAAAAAGGACCCAAUGCCAAAGCCCUGCAGGUCAUGAAGCAGUCUCUGCCGUACAAUUUGGACGCAUUAGAAUGGGAUGUAGGUCACAAGACCAAUGUACAGCAAUGUUACUGCUACUGUGGAGGCCCAGGAGAAUGGUACUUAAAGAUGCUUCAGUGCUGCAAGUGCAAGCAGUGGUUCCAUGAGGCCUGUGUGCAAUGCUUGCAGAAACCUAUGCUUUUUGGUGACAGAUUUUAUACAUUUAUUUGUUCUGUCUGCAAUUCUGGACCGGAAUACCUCAAACGUCUAUCUUUACGCUGGGUAGACAUAGCACACCUCUGCCUAUACAAUCUAAGUGUUAUUCAUAAAAAGAAGUACUUUGAUUCAGAACUUGAACUCAUCACUUAUAUAAAUGACAACUGGGAUCUGUUGCAUCCUGGUGAGCUGGCUGACACACCCAAAGCAGAACGAUAUGAACGGAUUCUGGAUGCAUUAAAUGAGAAUAAGACCAUGUUUAUGUCCGGGAAGGAAAUCAAGAAAAAGAAACAUUUGUUUGGUCUCAGAAUCCGAGUCCCUCCUGUUCCUCCAAAUGCUGCAGUGAAAUUGGAGAAAGAGGAGAGCACAUCCCAUGAAUUCAAGAUUAAAGGCAGGAAGUCAUCAAAGCCUCUUCUUUAUUCUAGAGAGGAAAAUAAUGGAGAAGUGAAGAAGAGGAAACCUGUAGGUCGCCCACCAGGCUCACAUAGAAGAAAGAUCUUACAAAAUGAUUCUCUUGAUGCUGCAAUGAAAAUGGAAACAGAACCAGUGCUGGAGAAGAAUUCCACAUUGGAGUCAUUAGAUCAUAAAAAAAAAGCUGAGGUCACCACUAUCCCUGGUAAUACUGAUGUGGAGUCCAAUGGUGCUGCAAGUUCAAAAGAAACUACCUCAACCAUCCUUUCCAGCCCUCAGUCAGACUUGAGAAGAGUGACGCGCACAGGGAGGUCCUGGUCUUCUACCUUACCGCCACCCAGGAAAAGGGGUCGACAUCCACGGAAAGCUCUCCAGGUUCACAAUUCGGAGAUCGGAAGAAACGAUGAAAGCAAGGAGGAUUCUCAGCUCAAUGCUGACAAUACAGAAAUAGUUAAAAAUGUCACAGAUCAUGACUUCCAGCUCCACCAUUUGAAGAAUUCCAUUACCAACUACUUUGGCGCUGCUGGGAGGAUAGCAUGCGGGGAAAAGUACCGCGUAUUGGCUCGUCGAGUCACACUUGAUGGGAAGGUUCAAUAUCUUGUGGAGUGGGAUGGAGCUACAGCUUCCUGACCACUGUGCUGGACAUGCUACUUUUCAUAUUCAGGUUCCUUGAAGUGAAAAUAAGUUAUUUUUGUUCACCCAGUUCACUGCCAAAGUGCCUGCAAUACUUAUGGUAGCAAAUAGGUGCUGGAAUAGAGAAAACAAGGGUUUAUUUUUCUUACAAUACAAGCUUUUUCCCAGUGAACAUAAAAGGAAACGUUGCUUUAACCAAAUAUCUGCAGUAGUGCACAUUUCUGACAAUGGUAUGACUUAACAGUAUUUGUAAUCAAGCAUUAACAUUUUAGUGUAAGAUGGUUUCUAUGUGUAACCCCUUUGCUGCAAGGAAACUCGGCACUGUCAAGUUGCUGCUUUUCAGAGGAAAAAAAAAAAGAAAUAUUUUCCACUUUAAAUGGGAAGUGGACCC